AUGGCGUGCUUAGCUAUUGAUGUUGGUACUUUUAACACCUGUGCUUGCGUGACUAACAAUGGGGUCAUGGAAAUGGUGAGAGACCAGGGAGAUCCGUUAAUUCCAUCAGUCAUUCGUUAUAACAAUAAUGGCUCUGUCCAGUGCAUUGGAAGGAACGCAUACAGAAAUUACUGGAGUGCCAAGAACGUUGUACGUUGUUUUAAGAGAAUUAUCGGAUAUCGUAUGAAUUCCAGGGUCAUGCAUGACUACAUGAAAAACUGUGUAUGCAGAGUAAUUGAAGGAGAUGACGGAUUCCCUGCUUUUAGAAUGGAGUGUUUCCCUGGUAAUUCCCUCACCCCUACUUUAUGUACUCAGCAUAUUAUUGAACAAAGAGAAAUGCAGUUUGAUGAGUUAAUCAUCACAGUUCCUGCUUUCUUCGAUAAUAUUCAGAAGAAUGAGGUAUUGAAGGCAGCAACUGCUGCAGGAAUUUGUAAUGAAGAUAAUAUAAAGAUUUGGCUGGAGAGCAAAAUUGCAGAAUCAUGGUCGUAG